AUGAAUGUGACGGACUUCCGGUCGGACUGGGUGAUCCGCGUUUCCCCAUCAGAUGCCUCCAGUGACGUGCGACACCGGGUCAUGGGGAACGCCCUGAAGGCAGCGCAGCCCUCUGCUGGGAGCCCUGAGCAGCUGAAGCAGCCAGAGCAGCAGGUGGAGCAGCUGCUGCGCCGCCUCUCUGGGUUGUCAGAAGUGGAGUUGUGGCGGGUCCAAUGCUGCCUCAGCCAGAACCUCCUGCCAGACACCCCUCCUAUCCCAGCACACUGCCUGCGCUCUGCCGACACCCUGGGGACGGCCAGAACCCUGGUCCUGUGCUACCAUGAGGACGGGCCACUCAACAUUAUGGCUGCGGCGCUGAAGCUGUUGAGUCCAGAACAUCCAGGACUCAACAUCAUGAGUCCCUCCAGAACCCGACCUGUCAGCAUGACGCUGCUUCAUGUGGUUCCCCAACCAGAACCCAAAAUGAGCCCUGGCUUUGUGAGGAUGUUCCGCAGGAGGCUAAUCAGCAGGAUUCAGAGGCCGGGCGCCGUCCUUGAUGCCCUGCGGUACAACAGGACCCUGAAUGCAGCAAACAGGGAGGCUGGGAGCGCCUACGCACUCAAUAAGCACAAGAACCGGGCCCUGGUAGACCUGGUUCUGAGGAAGGGACAUGAACCCCAACAGGUGUUGUUCUACAUCCUCAGCAAAUCAGAACUGUUCAUGCUGAAGGAGCUGGUUGAUGAAAUCAGAGAAAAGAACUUCCAAGACUCGUCAGACUUGUUGGAGAGUCUGACCUCAGAUGAGCCGAGAUGUUUCCAGUGGGUGGUGGCAGACUACUUGCCUCCGCCGUAUGGCUGCCAAAUGUCCUUGUGGGCUGGAGGUCGCAGAUGGUCCAGCCAUCAAGAAGCGUCUAGAGGAGGAACUUGGAUCCCAGCGGGCAGCAAGAAUCACGGAGGAGGUUGUGAAGAAGAUCACCCCGGCACUGCGUGCUGGCCUUGAAGAAGAAAAGAUUUCAGAGAUGUCAUUGAGCAUCAGAGCUGGUCCACUGGUGAGACCUUCCUACUGCGCUGCUCACUGCUCAUUGGUUCAUUAAUACUCAUAUUUCUGCCGUUUAGGCUGACUUCACUCAUGUUUUCGAUAUGAAGGACAAUAUGUUCAGACUGAACUGCCUGAAGCCUGGUAUGUACAUUUGCCUAUAUACUGGUCUGGUGUUGGAGGGUCUUGGUGAUGUUCUGCAUGAGGUGGUUCCCUGGGAUGUGGACUUCCUCAUGAGUAAAGGUCAGCUGGUCCCUUUUUCCGCUUCACUCUGCUGACUGGAACAAACUCCAGUUGCCUCACUGCCAGCUGCUCUCAGGUCAGUAAAGCUCACCUGGACAGGAAAUGUUUCAGUUAUAGUCUUCAUAUUACAUUUUGUGUUUUCCAAAGUGAAACAGGGUAGGAUGUGAAACCAUCCCUGAUUUUUUUGUGUCUCCAGUAUGUUAGGAAACAUUUUCUCUCACAAAUUGGUGAAAAACUUUGCAUGUUGUCGACAAUGAUGAUUGAUCUUGUCAUGAGUCGUGUCUUUUCCACUAGCACCUGUUCAGGUGGUUUCCACCAUGGUUACGCAUCAGUUUUAGUGGCUGGGUCUGACAUGUAGUGUGGCCCCCAAAGUCUGGAAAGUAGUGGGAUGUGAUCUGAACUCAACACAAAAACAAAGGGAGCUGUGAUUCACUUUCUGCUUGAUCUGUAGCUUUUGGUAUAAUGCAAAAAGAAAAGACCCAGGAAAGUCCGCAGGCAACGAGAUACAGGAGAAUAUGAGCCACUUUAGUGAUACAACCAGUGAAUUCAAUCCCUGGUCAGCCGUUGCAUUUUCCGCCUCACUCUGCAUGCUUGAAACCCAAGAGAAAUGGGUUCUGACAAAGAACCUGGUGCCAUGAAGCCAUAAAUAGAGGGAAACCUGUAUAAACGAGUAGAGUCAGCAUUAGGAGAGAAGGGCUAUUAGUUAACUCUGGCAUCACUGAUUAGUUCUGACCAAUAAUCAAGAAAUCUGUCUACUUGCAGAGAAAAAUAAAAACUUACUGUGUGUGGCUUAUGUCACUGGGGACUACAUGGACCUCAUCACACCUGGCCAGGAGACAGACAGUCAUGUGAUCAUUAACAUCUAUUGUUUCUCAUGCUUCGGUUUGGUCACAUCAGCAGGAUCCAGUCAAGCUGUUGCUGGCUUGGUGCUGCUAUUUUUUCAGCCCUAUAACUUCUCCACCUUUGUGGUGCUGCUGGCUAGGAAUGUCUGCCUCAGCCAGGUAAACUGCCCCCUCCAUGGAUCCCAGAGGGAAACAUGUUCAAUAUUGGUUGGACUGGUAGUUAUGGGUAAUGAUUAUUUGUGUAUCAUAAGAUUUGGAUGAAGGUUGAAUGGAUG